AUGGAGAAAGCAUUUCAUUGUUUCUAUGCAAAGCAUAGCUUGUCUGUGAAAGAUUGGGUGAGAUGCAGAGAGAAAGAUAACCUGGAGACCUUGCCCCAAGAAGAGAUCGAAAGAGUCCUGUCUUUGGACAGCUACAGCAUCUACAACAGUGUCCAAGCUGUGGCACAUGCCUUUCAUGCUGCUUAUUCAUCCAGAUCUAAGUGGAUGAUGGUGGUGGAUGCAGAUAAGUCCACACAUCAAAAGCUACAGCCAUGGCAGCUUCAUCCUUUCCUGAGAAAUCUCCAGUUUUACAAUACUUCCCUGGAUGGAGUGUAUUUGGAUGAGAAUGGGGAGCUGGCAGCUGACUUUGAUCUUGUGAACUGGGUGGUGUUUCCCAACAGUUCUGUACUUAGAGUGAAAUUUGGGAGCCUUGAAAGACAGGGAUCCCCGAACCUCCAGUUCACCAUUGACCAGGAUGCCAUUGUGUGGACCACAUGGUUAAACAUGACUGCCACAUUCCAGGUGCACAGAAAGUUGUCGCCCUGGAUAUGCCAAAGUGAUUCAGGAAGGAAAGCCAAUUUGCUGUGGCAAUUGUUUUCCAUGCAUGGAAGGGACAGUCUCCACCCAGGAAGAUGCGGACCACUGCAAGAAGUGUCCAGAAUAUCAGCAUCCAAACAAGGACAGAGAUCAAUGUAUCCCCAAGGCAAUGACCUUCCUUUCUUUUGAAGAAUCGUUGGGUAUCAUACUAGCUUCAUUUGCCAUGUUCUUAUCCAUAUCCACAGGCUUUGUGUUAGGAAUCUUCAUUAAAUACAAGAAAACUCCACUGGUCAAAGCCAACAACCAGAA